AUGGAGGAAUGCUCUCUCUACGGGCGUCCUAUCGAGCCCCUAGCCUUCUACUUGCCGGCUUUCUCCGAAGUGGAACAGCAGAAGCAGUCGCCAUUGUACAGGAUCCCAAAGGAAAUACGCGAUCUUAUCUUCGAAUAUGCUCUGACGGACGACGGCGCGCCGUCGCCUAAUAGCGACAACGUCUUCCGGCGCAGUGCUAAAGGGGAAAUUUCUGAGGUGGACAGCGCAUGUUCUCUCCUUCAAACAUGUAAAGCAGUGUAUCUGGAGGCAUACCGUUUACCUAUGCAGUUGAAUGGUACGCUUCUGUUCUCCCGUGACAAGCCUAGGCAGGCUGGUCAUACGUUUCUGUCCUUGCUAACCUACUGGUGGAUUAAAGGCUAUCUGGCAUACUUUACUAAGGAAUGGAGCGGAAGGCGCGACGGCUCGCGUUGGAAUGAUCCCUCGCGUCCAGAUCUCGCCCGCAUUGCACCAUGGCAGUACGCCUUGAUCCAACGAAUUGAUCUUAGCCUUCAGCAAACCUCAAUAGAGGGAAAGGGAGGCCUGCAGAAUGAACUACAGUAUUGGGGGCCUGCCUUAAGGCACUCAGGUGCCUACGUCUCUCCCCGCUACUAUAGCACCACACGCUCUCUUAGCAGCCGCCCCAAGCCCGAGGUAUCCGCUCACAACUUCGCACUUGUUCCAGCAUCGGACAGAAAUUGCGAAAAGGGGAUUAAAGACGGAGAUAAGGUGACGCUGGAGCGGUACGAUGUCGAAACGUACUAUGAUCCGGAAGAUGAGAUAGGUUAUGGUCAACUAUGCUAUGUGAAAGGCAAGUUCAUUGCUCGAUCAAUGGUAGCCAGGAGGCUUACUCAUCUCACGCUUCGCAUGUCACGGACUGACUGGUGGACCUGGGGAGAUGACCCCAGCGCAGUCGAUAGCGACAAACAACUCGCCCUAGAUCCCGCCUGCGGCGGCACAAUACCGAGACCAACAAUUGACGACAUGCUAAACCUAGCUACUUCCCGCCGCAAUGGUUGCCAUCCCUCGUACGACGAGUCAGGCAGCGAGACAUGGGGAUCGGCCAUUGGAGCUUUACCAGACCUGAAGACAUUUGAACUUAUACUAGAAACAUUCUCGCCAAAGAAGCAGCAACUGGAGAACGUUGUUGAUUGUGCUAGAACCUGGAAGUUUCCUCUAAAAGGGACGCAGUAUGAAAUGGUAUGCGAUCAUAAGAUAGAGUCUCUGCAGUGGGGCCUGCCUGAACAUAGAGAUGGAAACGUUGAUGGCAUGGAAAGGAUGUCUGACGAGCAGAAUCAAGCGCAAGACCAACGCCAUCCAGCCCCUUACACGUUGAGGGACAACGUCGAUCCCGCCCCCUCAUCCGCUUCCUCUUCACUACGUCAACGGUUCAGGCAUAGGUUCUUCAAGCGCUCUAGAGAACCACCGAAGACCAAGUCCAUCGCGAUACUUCCACAAUGGAAUCCUCCAGCUUCACAAGACUGGGUGCAGCCGAGUCAAAGCCCAUCUCUAUAUGAAGACGACUUCCAUCCGGAAAUAUCUUGGCUUCGCGGGUGUACUGAAUUUGAGGUUAGGGUCGUGCGCUUUAAACGGAGGAGAGCGGACUGA